CCGCCGCCUCUUUCAUCUCCUCUGGGGCAGGGGCCAGGGCCAGGUUUUCACGUUUGCAAGUAGACCUCAGGAAGCUCUGCCAGCCAAUUCAAUGGCGUCCUCCACUACCGUGCCUCUAGGAUUUCACUACGAAACAAAGUAUGUUGUCCUCAGCUACCUGGGACUCCUCUCUCAGGAGAGGCUGCAAGAGCAGCAGCUUUCCUCACCCCAAGGAGUUCAACUAGAUGUAGCUUCACAGUCUGUGGAUCAAGAAGUUUUAUUAAAAGUUAAAGCUGAAAUUGAAGAAGAGUUAAAGUCCCUCGACAAAGAAAUUUCUGAAGCCUUCACCAGCACAGGAUUUGACCGUCACACUUCACCAGUGUUCAGCCCUGCUAACCCAGAAAGCUCAAUGGAAGACUGCUUGGCCCAUCUUGGCGAAAAAGUGUCUCAGGAACUGCAAGAGCCUCUGUACAAAGCGUUGCGAGUGCUCCUCAGCCAGGCACCGUGUUCAGUCUCGAGUCAGAGGAGGAAGAAUACCCUGGACUCAUUGCAGAAGACAGCAAUGACAUUUAUAUCCUGCCCAGCGACAACUCUGGACAAGUCAGUCCCCCAGAGUCCCCGACUGUGACCACCUCCUGGCAGUCAGAGAGCUUACCCGUGUCACUGUCAGCCAGCCAGAGCUGGCACACGGAAAGCCUGCCAGUGUCCCUGGGCCCUGAGUCCUGGCAGCAGAUUGCGAUGGAUCCUGAGGAAGUCAAGAGCCUGGACAGCAACGGGGCUGGGGAGAAGAGCGAGAACAACUCUUCUAACUCGGACAUCGUGCACGUGGAGAAGGAGGAAGUC